AAUGUAUCUGCAUGCCAACACACCCUAUUAAAACAGUACUACUAAAAGACAUGAAAGAGUAUAAACAGCUUCAAGCUACGUAUGCAGUGUGCCACAUCAGCAAUAUCUGAUAAAGAAAGUGAAUACCUACAUGUACUGUACAACUCAGUAUGGACAACACAACCAACUGUACCCAACCUGCCCAACCUUACAACAGCCUAGACUAUAUAGGAGUGGCUGUAGCUAGUGUGAUCAGUGCAUUCAUCUCAUUUGUAGCCAGUGGAUUUGUCAUCUUUCUCAUCCUGUUCUUCAAAAAAUGGCAGGUCCUUGUACAAAGACUCGUAUUGUACCUAUCAAUAGCCACCCUAUUGAAUAGCAUAGCUAUAAUGAUACACAGAGUCGAUUACCUUGACAUUAACGAUCAAAACAUGGACAAUUUUUGUGUGGUUGCUGGUUUUUUUGAGCAGCAUGCUGGAUGGAUGCAACUAGAUGCGGUCGUAUGCAUUACAGUACACCUCUUUUUGUGUGCAGUAGUAAAUGUACGUCUUGAAAAGCUCGAAUGGAUCUACAUUACUAUCAUUUUCUUCUUACCGUUGUCGUUUAAUUGGAUACCCUUUAUCAAGACUGCCUAUGGUAGAGCUGGGGCAUGGUGUUGGAUACGAGAUAUGAAUGAAGACUGUACUCCCUUCGACCUUGGUACAGUCUUUAGAUUUGUGCUCUGGUACGUCCCGCUGUACAUCAUCUUGUUGAUUCUCAUGAUCCUCUAUGUCUUCAUUCUGUAUAAACUGCACCGGACGCGACGUCACUGGGUGGGGCGUUACGAUCCAACGACCGAGCGCGUGAAGGAGCAAACAAGAACAGAAGUGGCUCCCCUAAUCUGGUAUCCCGUUAUUUACUUUCUCCUGAACAUUUUCCCCUUUAUAAAUCGAUCGCACAACAUUGCAAACCCUACCAAUCCGAAUCUGGGCUUGUGGUAUUUACAUGCCAUCACCUACCCACUAGUAGGGGCAUUCGUCGCCUUCCCAUUUCUACUAGACCCUGAGACACGGAGGAAUCUCCACUGGAGUAAUUUUAAAGCAGCUGCUAGCCAGCUUUGUGAGCGAGACAAUGGGAUUCGUGAGUACCCAAUAGAGCAGAGUGAUGUUGACAAGGUGGAGGGAAAGCAAAUGAUGACUUUAGGAGAAAAUACAAGCAGCUACAACAGCUUUGAGGAUAACAGAGACUCUUAAAAUGUUUAGCAGGUAGGUGUUUUGUGUUCAAUUGUGAUUUUACACUGUAACUGCAUAUUUUUCGUACAUGUAAUCAAUGUCAAACAUUUAUUAUGACACUAGACACAAUUGUAUACAAUGUACGUGUUUUAUACAUACACUUGGCAGAUACUGCAUAAAUAUAUCUUGUUUAUUUUUGA